UCUCAGAUGAGUUAAUGUGCUAAGAAAGAAAAUGUCAAUGGCGUUUCAACGACGACAACAGUGCUGGGGGGACCGUCCCAACGACUGAAACCUUUCUCUCUCUCUCUCUGAGUCUUUGACCUCGAAUUUUCCCAAAGUGGCGUCCUUGAAUUAAGAGCCGCAUAAAGUUUCCAUUUUUUCUUGCAACUUUUCCCUCUUCGUUUCCUGAUCAUGGAGGUUGAAGAUAGUAAGAUUCCGAAGAAAAUAAAAGAAGAUGUGCAUGGUGAAAGUGAUCUCGAAGGAAUCGAUAGUACGAGGACUAGGAAGAGUGUUGAUACAGAGACGAAGAAGAAGAAAAAGAAGAAGUAUUGGAUGGGUUGUCUGAGAGCUGAAUCGGACGAGAGUGGAAACGUCGAUUUGACUGUGAAUUUCCCUGGCGAACGAGCCGAGCCAACUCACUUAGUCGUCAUGGUCAACGGUCUCAUCGGCAGUGCUCAGAACUGGAGAUUCGCUGCUAAGCAGAUGCUGAAGAAGUAUCCUCAGGAUCUCGUCGUUCACUGCAGUAAAAGCAACCAUUCUACACAGACAUUUGAUGGUGUUGAUGUUAUGGGAGAAAGAUUAGCAGAAGAGGUUAGGUCGGUGAUCAAACGUCACCCAAGCCUCCAGAAGAUUUCCUUUGUAGGACAUUCUUUAGGUGGCUUGAUUGCUAGGUAUGCUGUUGCCCGUCUUUAUGAACAAGAAUGCCCUGAAGAGCUUUCACAAAACAGUGACGACAUCGGGCAAGAGAGAAUUGCUGGAUUGGAGCCUGUGUAUUUCAUAACAUUUGCAACGCCACACCUUGGUUCAAGAGGACAUAAGCAGGUCCCAUUGUUUUCUGGAUCUCACACUUUGGAGAGGUUAGCUACGCAUAUGUCGUGGUGUCUUGGUAAAACGGGGAAACAUCUUUUUCUAGCUGAUGGUGAUGAUGGAAAGCCUCCGUUACUCCUCCGAAUGGUUAGUGAUCGUAGAAACCUUAAAUUCAUUUCUGCUUUGCGAUGCUUCAAGCGGCGUAUUGCUUAUGCAAAUACAAGUUUUGACCACCUUGUCGGGUGGAGCACAUCGUCUAUAAGACAUCACAACGAGCUUCCUAAGCUUCAACGCGGUCCAAUAAACGAGAAGUACCCGCAUAUUGUGAACGUUGAAGCACCAGAUACAUCUAGUAACCUUGAGGAUGCUCGAUCAGGGACCAAUUCAAACGGGUUCAAGAACUUCGAUAUGGAAGAGGAGAUGAUAAGAGAACUAACAAAAAUGAGCUGGGAACGAGUUGAUGUUUGUUUCAGAGGAACCCUGCAAAGAUUUCUCGCUCACAAUACCAUUCAGGUGAAAACAAAGAUGAUCAAUUCAGCUGGAGCAGAUGUUAUACAACACAUGAUUGACAAUUUUGAGCCAUAGUUGUUGAAAUAAUUAACGGAGUGAGGACUAGAGAUUGUCUUAUUAUAAUCUACUAAAUGUAGUCUUACAUGAAACUCGGUCUCGUAAAGAAUGUCAAAUUUUAUAGUUGAAACAUGAAUCAACGGCUUUAGGAAUCGAGCAAAAAGUCGGACAUGAUUCCAACGUUUUAAAAAUGUUUUAAAGAA